AUGAGAGGCAUUGUGAUGAUCCGAGGCCAUACAUACGUACAACUUCUGGAUGAGAUCAAUAUCAAAGAUCCAGAAGCGAUCCGCCGUGUUAUCAGGCAAGCUGUUACGCUUCCACCAAUUGAUGAAGUUACGAGACAAGGAAUUAAGGGAUGCGUAUCUGGGCCUAUAUCGAGCUUACUUGGUACUUCGACUCUGAGCCUCACUUGGGUUGAGCAACAAGCCGCGAACGACAUUCAGAAGCUAUGGAAACGUGGAGAAAGAUAUCAAGUUCAUAUUAAACGCUUAAUCCAGGAUUGCGAUGUGACAAAGGCAGAUUUCUUGGUUGUGAAAGGGGUAGAAAGUGCACGGAAGCUUUGUUUACAAGCUCAGGAUGAAGAAAGGCAAAACGAGGAACAUCGGAAGCGUGUGCGGCCUGAAUCCAACGAGUACCAAGAUCUUCCUGACGAGGAGUAUGAUCAAAACUUACCUCAAACACCAAACGAUGCAUUUGAAGGAGAGAAAAGAAAUGUCACUGGUCAUCUCAGAGAAAGAACUACUCCGAACAAAAAGCAAAAGAGAAAACAAAGUGUUAUUGAGCAUUCUCCUACAAGAAGUACUUCAAGUGAAUCGCAAGACUUUGAGAAUCAGGAGAACCAAAAUGAAUUCACGCAUAUCAACAAACCGGGCAGUGAUGGAAUAAGCUACAGUAAAAAGCAGGCUGGUCAGUACAAAUUGAUUGUUCAACCCAACGGAACUUAUCUAAUUGACUUACUCAUUGAAUCAGGCAAGCCUAAUAAUACCCCUGGAACUCGAAUGGUGAAUAGUCUGAGAGAUCACAACGCACCUGCAGUUGAUGUCACCAAAUCACCAGAUAAAUCGCCAGUUCGCCGAACAAGAAAUUCAACUCAGAUGAGAGGAGAGAACAGCUGGGAUGGCUCAAAUGAAAUCGUUCCGUCCCCUCAAGUUGAUUCCCCACGAAUUAAUAUUCGUGGGAGUCAGAAUCCAAGUAACGCUUCAUUAAGAGAAUUAGCUGAUUACAAUGAACGUGGGGCAAAAGAAAAGAAAAGGCGUGGUAGACCGAGAAGACAUCAACCUGUUGAGCAGCAGCCUGAACUGAUCAAUGAUGGCGAAAAUGAUAUUUAUACUCCUGAACCACAGAUCCCACCUGCCCCGUAUAAAAAGAAGGUAGGGCGUGGAGGCGCAAGACGCGGGCCAGCCUGGGAGAAAAGAAAGGCCGAGAGAGAGAACGACGCGCGUUCUUCCAAUCACAAGAGUCAGGAUGAUCAGCCGGGCAGUGAGAGCAACCCGAUCGGAAUAGAAGACGGCUCAGAUAAUGAAACUGUGGUGUAUGGGCAAUUAGACAACCAGGAAGAAGAUGUUAAGAUGGAAGAUGUGCAAUAA